UCUGGGUUUUCCGUUGAGGCUGCUUCUGACAUUGGUCAGUUUGACAGUUUUACAUGAUGUUGAAGGUGAGAAAAUGCAAAGACGGAUAUUAAAGAGCGAAAGCCCGAUUAUUGAACGUUCGUAUCAGCGGAAGCAGAUGACAAAGCGUUCUCAUGCAGCCUUCACGUGGGUGUUUGUCAACGUAAUUUUGGCCGCAAUUUUCUUCACUGAGUUGGUUUUUGGAUCUGUGGCAGAAUAUUUUGAAUUUGAACAUCCUCUGGUGUGGUUUGUUGUUUGUGGCUUGGCAAUCUGGUUCACCUUCUGUUUCAUCGUGGAUCUCUAUCAUUAUAUGAGACCUGUUCUGGGACAGAAUAGUGUGGUGCUUUCAUUGGAUCAAAGAAAGCUUCUUGGCAUUCAACCAACAGACUCAGGAUUCAAGCUGGCCCCACCUGAAUCUCCUACUAGUCAUGGAUCUGCUGUCUCUCCUUCUAUUAUCCCCAGCACUUCCUCCCCCACCAUGAUCAUGACUACAACCAUCACCAGGACACCACCUCGGCCUCAUGGAACCCCACCUAGGUCUAACAGUAGCUCACCAAGAUCUCCCAUAAUGGGUACACCAUCAUUUUACAAUGAGACAGUGAGCAGUCCUGAUACAAGGUCAAGGCACUCAUCCCCAGGCCGGUCACCAUUUCCCUCCAGUGAUCACAUGACAGAUUUAAACUCACUUGAACAGUACCUCAGAGAACAACAGCAAGAAGAGGGAAGAUUACAUAGAGUUGCCUCAUCAGAUGCCCUUACACCAGGGCGUGGACAAUCUUUCUGGUCUGGCUACCGACACGACUUUACUCCCCCACUUAGUGUAUACAGGAUUGCAAGAAGGUCACCCGAUCUCAGCUCUUCAAGGGAUGACGAUGAUGCAGGCUAUAAUAGCACCAAAGCUGAUGAGAUUUGGACCCAAUAUGCUGUGACAAGAACAGAUCUGGAUCACUGGAUUGAGAACUGCAGAAAGUGGCUUUGUCAAACGAUACUGUGUCGGCUUGUGGAGCAGAUUGAAGCCGUUAAUGAGACUCUCUGUAGAAUUGGCUGCUCAGAACUUCAAGUUGGAACAAUCAGUCUCAGCGCAGCCAGACAAGUAGCUGUUACCAAAGCCGACCAGGCUCCGACGUUACGGGCCAUCAUUCCAUAUUUAGAAGCUUCGAAUAAUCAGGAAUACCUCGUGAAACGCCUGUCAGAAUUAGCACAAGGUGGUUGUAUGGGUCUAUAUCGAUGGAACUGCGGCGGGCAGUACAGAGGCAAAUCGUGGGAACAAGACUUGUUAUCAUUGAAGAUGAAGUCUACGAUAUGCCCAAGGGACAGAACAACUUGUUUCACACCAUCGUCUUCUUCCUUCACCACGUGAAAACUAAGCAGUAUGGAAUGCUGGGGCGAGUAAACUUGGGAAUGUCCGGUGUGAACAUUCUCUGCAUUCUGAACAUGAAGUGAGUGUAAACAGCAGUCCUCUCCAAAUGUACGAGAAUUUAUGAGACCGGGAGUGGCGUAUGGAGUUGUCUAGAGGAGCCAGUAACAUCUUUUUUGGAUCCAUGCUACUUAUAGCACUUGCUGUGUGAACGUUGGCGUUUAUUUUGGAGAUACGUGGAUAUUCUUUUGUUGCAAAUCAGUUAAGGGAAAGAAGAAUGAAUUGCUGAAAAAGGGCAGAUGAAACGCAUUUUGUUUUUAUUUUUAUAUUGACGGUACAGCUCAGCUAUUAGAAGAGUUGUUCGAGAAAUUUA